AUGGAGAAACAAAGAAAAAACCAAGCACCACAUAUUUUAGUGUUGCCAUAUCCAUUACAAGGACACAUAAAUCCUAUGCUUCAAUUCUGCAAACGUUUGAUCCAAGAAGGAGUAAAAGUCACACUUGUAAACACAAUUUCCAUUUGGAACAAAAUCAACAACAUAGAUCUCAACUCCAUUGAAAUCGAAAGCAUCUCAGAUGGUUAUGACAAUGGUGGACUUUCAUCAGCAGAAAGCAUGGAAUCAUACAAAGAAACUUUCUGGAAAGUUGGACCAAAAACUCUUUCUCAACUUCUUGAUAAACUUCAAAGCUCAAACAAACCUGUUCAUUGUGUUGUCUAUGAUGCUUUCUUACAUUGGACUUUUGAUGUUUCCAAGACUUUUGGAAUCCCUGUUGCUGUUUUCUUAACUCAAGCUUGUUCGGUUAAUACUAUCAAUUUUCAUGCUUUUAAGGGAUGGUUAGAUUUACCUUUGUUGGAAACAGAAUUUGUAUUACCUGCUUUGCCUAAGCUUGAAGCUUCCGAUUUACCUUCAUUUUUGUAUCAAUAUGGAACCUAUCCAGGCUACUUUGGUUGCGUAUGUCUCUUUUGGAAGCUUAGCAGGUCAUAG